AUUAUUAUAAUUGAAAUUUAAAUUCAUAUAGAAGGAACAGAUUCAAAUUAGACAAGAAAUGAGUGAUAGUACCUUGAGCUUCACUAAUCUACAAACUACAUGGACUUCCAAUCGUUAUUAUACGGUUGGUUUGAUAGGAUUCGUACUUGGCCUCAGCAAUACUCUGCACCUCUUCAACAAUAUGAAAGUAUUAGGAGCUGGAUUCUUAGGACCCUAUCUUUUAUUCAGUACGGCUCUUGGCAUACCCUUGGUGAUUUUGGAGUUGAGCUUGAGCCAAUAUGGUCAAAAAGGACUUAUUCGUAUUUGGGCCCUUUGUCCAGUUUUCAAAGGGAUGGGAUAUCUCUGUCUUUUAUAUUUACUAGUGAUGCUCGUAGAGGAUUUGAGCGUGCUAGCCUAUCUUGCCAGAUAUAUGAUUAAUUCUUUCUCCACCCAGAGCGGUUGGGACUCCUGCAAUAACGACUGGAACACGGAGUAUUGUUUCACCCUUGAAACUAACGUUUCUAAACGAUUGGAUUGCUAUGACCUUCAUGGGAAACCCAAAUGUGACAAAGCUUUAUGGGAAAGUAGUCACAAUCAAUAUUGGUGGUUGGUAGUUCAAAACAUAGAUAUCGGAAUGUUUCAGUGGAAAAGUGUGGGAUACUGUUUGGGGGUCACAUUGAUUGCGUACGCGAUAACUUUCAAAGGUAUAAUGGUCAUAGAAAAAGUUGUGUAUUGGUCACUCAUAUUCGCAGCAAUCGAAUUCACCAUCCUGUUAUAUUGUUCACUCAUACAGCGCGGUUCAGGCAGUGGCCUCGUAUAUAUUUUUUACUGGGACUGGAAUGUUUUCAAGAACAAGACCCCUUGGAUAAUAUGUUUUGAAUACGUCAUCAACUCCAAUGGUAUAGGUGGAGGGGGAUUGCGAACUCUGGGAGCACAGAAUAAGUUCAGGGGACAUUCUUAUUUGAAUGCCCUGAUGUUGAUGCUCGUGAAUAUUACGGUCACAACUCUUUACGGUGUGCUUUACUUCAGUCUUUGUGGAAACCUCAGCUAUUUCUCCAGCCAGAGUAUUGAAGAAAUCAUGGGAGAUACAGAACCCGAAUUUUGGUCCAAAGUUCCUAGAAUGCUGCAAAGAUUGGAUGGGCCGGAAAGGCUAUGGCAGUGGAUUUUUUAUUCACAAGUUUUUCUCGUAGUGUUCUCGAAGUGUAUGCUGAUUACUUUCGUCAUCGUGAGAACGAUUUUCAACAGAUUCCCUAAAGUUGAAAACUAUUUCAUGGUGAUCAGUUGCGCAGUUUACGCAGUCGCUUUUCUGUGCGGCACCACGAUGUUCACUUCAUUCAGUACUUUUAUACAGAAGCAACUCAUUUGGAUGGUUGUCAAAGGGCCGAUGAUUCUACUGAUGAAUUUGAUUCAGACCGGUGUCAUUUUGUACAUUUACGGACUGACCACCGUCGUAGAUGAUCUACAUUUCAUGCUUGGCUUCCGGUUGCCCUUCUACUGGCAAAUCUUGCUAUUUCUGUCACCGGCGAUACUAUGCGUAAUGUGGAUUAUGAGCGUAUGGGAGUUCUACGAGAAAAUGCGUGUGAUGGAUAUUUCCGUUGCAAAACAGUUGAUGAUGAACGCGGUGCUGUAUUUGCCCAUAUAUUCAUCAAUCGGCUAUUCCAUCUAUUAUAUGCGAUGGAUGAUAUGGAAAUGCCAUUGGGAAAACGUCUUCAGGCCUAGCGACAGUUGGUACCUCAGUGAUCCAAUCUUGAGGAAAAGUCGACAAAUGUUCUCAGCAAUGAGCAUGACUAAGGAAUAUUUGUAUCGUCAAACGAAAAAACAAGAAAAGGCCGCCUAUGACCUGGACGAAACUGCAUAUGAGCAAGAAUGAGGCUUAUACGUGAAAAUUGAUUUCAUGGAUUUUUUAUGUAAUGAUGUUCAUUUAUAUAAAACAAUUUCGAUAAAUAUAUAUCUUUAUUA